AGUCAUUUUGAUAAUUUCAAUAGUGACUCACCAAAGGCCCCUCAGAGACAGAAAAAUUUGAAGAGAGAAUCUCCUAUUAAAAAGGAGAUUGAUGAAGACAAUGCUGCUGCUGAUGACGAAAGUGAAGAGGAAUGGGAGGAUGUGGAAGAACUCCAGGAACCUGCCAUGGAUAAGUCAGAAGAUAAUGUUGUUCCAGCAGUGGUGCUGCCAAACAAACCAGUUGAGAUAGAGAUUGAAACUCCAGAGCAGGCAAAGAAAAGAGAGAGACGAGAAAAAAGAAAAGCCGAGUUUGAGGUGUAUCUUCGGAGAAUGAUGAAACGUUUCAACAAGGAGGUUCGUGAGGACACGCAUAAGGUUCAUCUGCUGUGUUUAUUAGCAAACGGUUUCUAUAGGAACAGAACCUGUAACCAGCCAGAUCUUCUUGCUAUCGGUCUGUCCAUCAUCCCCACACACUUCACAAAAAUGCCUGCAGGCCAAGUGGACCUUCUCUGUCUCUCCAACUUGGUGAAAUGGUUUGUGGGAACUUUCACUGUCAAUGAUGAGCUUUCAUUUGAAAAAGGAGAGCCCCUUCAGGCUACCUUGGAGAGGCGCUUUGCCAUCUAUGCUGCAAGAGAUAAUGAAGAACUGGUUCAUAUAUUUUUAAUUAUUCUCCGAGCAUUACAGCUGCUGUGCCGUCUUGUGCUGUCUCUUCAGCCCAUUCCUCUCAAGGAGACAAAAGCAAAGGGGAAAGGCUCAUCCAAGAGGCAGUCUCUCAGCAGCACCUCUGAGGGGCAGGAGAGCUCAGCCACGACACCCAAAGCUGCGGCACAAAAAGGCUUCUGCAGAAAAGCCAAGCGGAAUGAGAAAUCCUCUGGAAGUGAAGACGACAACCCGGAGCUGAAGAAACCGAGCACUGCUCGGACCAAAAGGCCAUGCAGGUCAAAGCUGACUACAGGAAGCCAGGAGCAGCAGGAACCUAGUAAUGAGGACUCCAGUCCAGGGGAAAAAGAUAGGCCAGUCAGACCCAAAAAUGAUCGCCGGAGACGAGUGGCCUCCAAAGUGUGCUACAAAGAAGAGAGUGGAAGUGAUGAGGACAGUGUUUCUGACUUUGAGGCUUCAGAGGAGAGCAGUCUUUCCGAUGAGGAUUUUGAAACUCUACCUAAAAAGCAGAGGAGGUCAUUGGGCUCCCAGAAGUCAAAGGUAAAAGCUGAUAAAAACCCAAAACCUAAGACUUCAGAAUUGAGGCUAUCCAAAAAUUCACAAGAAGCUGAGCCUAGACCAGCAAAAAACACAGCUGCAGCCUUGCCUAAUGCACAGAAAAAGAGAAGCAAAAUAAUUUCUAGUGACGAGGAUGAAGGAGAGCAGGAGCUGAGGAAAACGAUGGGCACAGACCAGUGGCUGGAGGUUUUCCUUGAACGUGAGGACAAGUGGGUGUGUGUAGACUGUGUUCAUGGUAGUGUUGGCCAGCCCCAGCUGUGCUUCAAGAAUGCCACAAAGCCACUUUCCUACAUUGUGGGGAUUGACAAUGAUGGGAGCGUCAAGGAUGUGACACAAAGAUACGACCCAGUGUGGAUGACCGUGACGAGGAAGAGCCGUGUGGACUCGGGGUGGUGGAAAGACACCCUGAAGCCGUAUGAAAGUCCCUUUGUGGAAAGAGACAAGAAGGAGGAAAGGGAGUUUCAAGUUAAGCUUCAAGACCAGCCUCUGCCAACAGCAAUUGGAGAGUACAAAAAUCACCCCCUUUAUGCACUCAAGAGGCACCUCCUGAAAUAUGAGGCCAUCUAUCCCGAGUCCGCGGUUAUCCUGGGAUACUGCAGGGGAGAGGCUGUCUACUCCAGAGACUGUGUGCACACGCUGCACUCCAAGGACACUUGGCUGAAGCAGGCUCGGGUGGUGAGGAUUGGAGAAGUGCCCUACAAGAUGGUGAAGGGCUUUUCCAACCAGGCGAGGAAGGCGCGCCUGGCAGAGCCUGCCAACCGCGACAAGGAGGACCUGGCCCUCUUCGGCCUCUGGCAGACUGAGGAGUUCCAGCCACCCGUGGCGGUGGAUGGGAAGGUUCCCCGGAACGAGUACGGAAACGUCUAUCUCUUCUUGCCGUCCAUGUUACCGGUGGGCUGCGUGCAGCUCAGGCUCCCCAACCUCAACAGAGUGGCGCGGAAGCUGGACAUCGACUGUGCUCAAGCCAUCACUGGAUUCGAUUUUCACGGAGGCUACUCACACCCCGUCACUGAUGGCUACGUUGUUUGUGAGGAAUAUAAAGAGGUGCUUAUUGCUGCCUGGGAGAACGAACAAGCAGAAAUAGAGAAGAAGGAGAAGGAGAAACGUGAGAAAAGAGCUUUGGGGAACUGGAAGUUGCUGACAAAGGGACUUCUCAUCCGAGAGAGACUGAAGCAACGCUACUGCAUCAAGACUGAGCUGUCAGCACCUGAGGCAGAGAAAAGAGCCAGAUUCUCCUCUGAUGAAGAAGGAGGUCCAAGUUCAGAGACUGCAGCAGGGGACUUGGCUGUUUCUUGGCCCCAAAAUCGCCAAGCAGAGAAGCAGAAGGAAGAGAAGACAACCAGGAAGAGCAAGCGGGAAAAGAAAGGAGAAGCAGCCCACUUGUUUCCCUUUGAGAAGCUGUGAGCAGCACAAGCUUUUCUCUGCUGUUUCCAGCUGCCAGGAGGCUGGUGUUACAA